GGAAAAAAAGAAGAAGCUAAGUUCACUUUUUGUGUUAGCCAUGGAGUCUCCAAGAAUCCAUGGAGGUGCUGAGGAGAAGAGUAGUUGUGAAUCAGGAUGGACCAUGUACAUAGAAGACACUUUCCAUGGAAACCACCACUCUGAAGUUGUUUAUGAAGAUGAUGAUGAUGGUGAUGAUGGUUUCUGUGUAAAAGAGGUCGAUGAUGAGGAUGAUGAUGGUGAUGGUGAUGAAGACGAUGAUGAUAAUAGUAACAAUGAGAGCGAUGACUCAAUGACUUCGGAUGCAUCCUCAUGGCCUAGCACUCAUCAGCCUCCAAGGAGCACCAAGAAUCACGCAGCUGCAAAGAAUAGUAAUGCCAAACAAGUCAAUCAUCAGACAGAGAACAGAGUUCGUGACAGAUUCAGCGAUGAAGGAGAGGAAUCUGAGCUCAAGGCUAGAACAAGAACCACUGCAGCUAGUCGUGUCAAAAGUAGAGGCAAGGUGAGCAAAACCAAAUAAGACUCAUACUGGUUUUAGUUUCUAUAUCUAUUCAAUGUUUCUCUUCUGUUCAAGGGAAAAAAAAUUUAUGCAGUUCAUACAGAAUUCAGACCAUGUAGUUGUUUCUACCUUCAUUUGAGAUGUAUGUGUAAUUGCAUUGCUUUCUUUAAAACAGGAUUAUGUUUUUGUUUAAUGCAAACUCCGUUCAUGUAACUUAUCGGUGUGGUUAUCCGUUGGAGCUAUGCUAAUAAUAUCUACCUUUUACACA